CAAGAUGUUCAAGUCGGGUGAGUGUCUCACAGCUAGUGUCACCCCGCACGUGCAGUACUCUUCAUCUGUCGGGGUGCUCGGCUGCAAGAUUGACACCAACCGCGUGGCAUACUGGCCAAAACCAGUCGAUUGCAAUGACAUUUGCCUAAGACUCACCCAGGGCGACAGAACGCUUCACUUGCUCCAUGCUGAUCAGUCGGGAGGGGCUUUUGACGUCUCGUAUGACGCGUGGAACUUUCUGGGAUUUGGAUCAUCUGCGUUGAGUGAUCCGCAAGUAGGAGGCGGAAUCCUGAUGGAUUACGAGUUCGUCCAUGCAUCUAACUGCGAGCACCUUCUGCAAGGGGAUCUUCUCCCUCUUUCAGCAUCGAAUAGCAUGAAUUUUCUGUUUUCUUGUUUCGAGAAGCCGACGUCGUGGGUCUCGCAAAACUUUCUCUUAUACAAUAUCCAGGACCCGACUUGUCAUUUUGGGUGGGAUGAGCUUUGCCAUGUUGACCCUGGAGUGAGCAAUCAACCAUUUUGUCCACAUGCACUCGGCACUGUAGAUCAGGAGUUAAACAUAGCCGUCCAUAAUAUCGCAUAUGGCUCAGGGAGCGUCGUCUCGGCUCGCUAA